GUAGAAUAGAGCCCGCUAGGCCUGUUAAAGGAACUCACGACCGUUUUGGUAUUGAAAAUGAAAAAUUUACACAUAUUCAAAAGAUCGGAACCUCGAUUGCAGAACUAUAUUGUUUUGAACAAGUAUAUUACAAAAAAUUUGGGGUAUUUGAACGAACCUUAGGUAGUGAUUCAGAUAUUGUUGGAAAAGAAUUAUAUAGUUUUAUUGAUCAUGAUGAUAGAUUGACAUUGAGACCUGAGGGAACGGCUGGUAUUGUCAGAGCAUUAAUUAGCAAUAAUAUGGAUCGUGAUCUACCCAAAAAGUUCUAUUACUAUGGACCUAU